AUGAAAAACCAUACAAAACCAACUUUUAUUCUGCUAGGUCUGACGGAAGAUCCAGAACUGAAAAUUAUAGUUUUCACUUUUCUAUUUAUCACCUAUAUGCUGAGUGUGACUGGAAACUUGACCAUUAUCAUCCUCACAUUCAUUGACUCUCAUCUUAAAACUGCCAUGUACUUUUUCUUACAAAAUUUCUCCCUUUUAGAAAUCUCCUUUACAUCUGCAUGUAUUCCCAGGUAUUUGUACAAUAUCUCCACAGGUGACAAGAAAAUCUCAUAUGACAGUUGUGCUGCUCAAAUUUUUUUCACUGACCUCUUUGCUACUACAGAGUUUUUUCUUCUCGCUGCCAUGUCCUAUGACCGAUAUGUAGCCAUCUGCAAGCCACUGCACUAUGCAAUCAUCAUGAACCAAAAAGCCUGUAGAAAAUUCAUCCUCGGCUGCUGGAUAGCUGGCUUGUUAAUCAUAUUCCCUCCUCUUAGCCUAGGCCUGAAUCUGGAAUUCUGUGACUCUACUGUUAUUGAUCAUUUUGUCUGUGAUGCACCCCCACUCCUGAAGAUCACAUGCUCAGAAACGUGGCUCAUUGAAGAGGUGAUUAUGGUCUGUGCCGUGUUGAUCUUUAUCAUGACUCUUGUCUGUGUAGUUCUAUCCUAUGUAUACAUCAUCAAGACCAUUCUACGAUUCCCUUCUGCCCAACAAAGAAAAAAGGCUUUUUCAACGUGUUCAUCCCACAUGAUUGUGGUCUCCAUCACCUAUGGUAGCUGUAUUUUCAUCUAUAUUAAACCAUCUGUGAAACAAUCAGUGGCUAUAAAUAAAGGUGUAGCAGUGCUCACCACUUCCAUUGCUCCUAUGCUGAACCCCUUUAUUUACACCUUGAGAAACAAGCAAGUAAAACAAGCUUUCAAUGAUGCAAUCAAAAGAAUUGUGUCAUUCUAUAAAACAUAA